AUGCCAUUUCUUGCGACAGUCACCGGAGGUCCUGAGCACUUUGCCAGGCCAUUUGGAAGGAUGACGAAUGUGGACAAGAAGGAGCAGAUCGUGACAUGGAACGGAGAUCCUGUUCACUGGCAGGAAUAUGUGAAACGUGUGAGAUUGCAGUAUGAGAAGACGGAAUGGAGAAAACGUGGUUUGUUGGGAGCAGAACUUGCGAGCCGCUUGACAGGCCGAGCUUGGGAUGUCGCGUCAGCUGAGCUCAACCAUGAUAAGCUUCAGCGACCUGAUGGAGCAGCUUAUCUGUUGCACUUCCUGGAGGAACGUUUGUGCAAAGCCCCAAUUCCUGACACUGGCCAACGCUUAGAGGAAUUCUUCAUGAAACUGAGAAGAACCCCAGGGUCCUCUAUGGCGGAGUGGGCAGCUCAACUACGUGAAUCCUACCGUCGACUGCAACGUGCGAUGGCACGACAGCGCAAAGACCAAGCAGACCGUUUUGGUUCUCCUGGUGAAAAGACUCCGAAGUCUCCGUCUCACAAGAGCCAUGGAUCUUCUUCUCCACAGCGAAAGUCAGAUGCUACAACUCCUGCUAGAUCUGCGGCCAGAUCGACUUUUGGUUUUCAGGAACCAGCAGCGGGUGCCACAGAACCUGAAGAGCCUCAAGAUCCAGGUCGUCCUGAUCCUACUGAUGAGGGCUAUGACGCCGUGCCACAGUCGGAGACAGCCUCCAACCCUGGUCAUGGAUAUGGUGGCAAUCGUUGGACUGAUGAGCAGUGGACUGAGUGGUAUGCUGAGCGGGAUCGCAGGUGGCUGCUGUCAUCAAUUGGCAACAAGCUGGACUUGGGCACUAUGGAGAGGGCCAUGAGAGAUCAAGAAGAAGAACUACUUCUUGCAGAAGCCCAACGGAGCCGUGGUGACUUGCAGAGGCCUCGCCGUUCUUUUUGGGUUGAACAAGAUUCUCAGUGGGGUUUGCUAGGUGAAGAAGUUCAAGAUGAUUUGGAAGAGUCUCCAAUUUGCUGGAUAGGUGAUCGUUUGCCCCCAGAAGUAUAUCCUAGAGAAGAACAUGAGAUGGCAUGGAGUACGUGGCUUCCUGACGGUCACGAGAUGCACUGGGAGUGGUUUGAAGAUGAUUUUUAUGCUGCUGAUGCGGAUGGAUGCUACUGGUCCUGGGCUGAUACCAAAUCAUGGCUAGACUUGGAGGACUAUUUGCAGUCCAAUCCCAGUGAUGGCCAACAGACCCAGGAGAUUUUCUCCACUUUCCAUGACCGUGUGCGAACCUUCAAGGAAAGUCGCCUCCUCAAGUAUACGGAGCAGUUGUCAAGGGGGUCUGGACCACAAACACCGGGUAGUCCUUCCUACAAGGGUUGUUUCAUUUGCGGUGGCAUGGAUCAUGAUUUCCGUGGAUGUCCUAAACGUGAAAACAAACCUACCUCCUCUUCUAUGUCCUCUACCAGAACCAAUUUCUUUGUGGGUAGGUCAGUUCUCAUGGUAACUGGUGUUGAAGAAUGUUCAGAUGGUGACGAAGUAGAUCCUGAUAUGGGAGAAGUUUUAGCGACCGUUGCUCUACAACAUCCUGGACAUGCGGUCAUAGACACCGGUGCCACGGAGACCAUCGCUUCCCUGGAGGCACUGGAGGAAGUGAUGCAGAUGCGUGCUGCCAAGUUUGGACCUGAGGAAAUCACGGUUCACCAGCGUCAUAAGAAGUUUCGCUUUGGCAAUGGGCAAGAACAGAGAGCAGCUUCCUUUGUCGAACUUCCUCAAUUUCUAGCCGGCAGUGGUGUGAAGUUGGGUGUGCACACAUUGGAUGCACCAGGUGUUCCUCUGUUGUUGUCUGUGAAAACCUUACAGAGCCUGAAGGCAGUGAUAGAUGUAGACGAAGGCAUGAUUUGUUUCACAGCUGUCCGUGCAGAACACUGGUUGCCCCUGAAGAGAGGACCAAAUGGUCAUCUGUUGUUAGACCUGACAACGGAUUGGUACUCUUCUGAAGCUGGUGCAGAUGGCUAUGUGCAGUCCCAGAAUUCUCACUCUCCGUCCCAAUUGACGUAUAAGGAUGCAGCAGCUUCAGACGUGUCAUUGGUUGAGCAGGCAAAGGUAGAUGAGGUUUUCAGUGCUGGAAGACAUGACCAACAUGGAGCAUGCGGUGCAGGUAUGCAUGAGAAGGUUGAGCAGAUUCAUGAAGUUGAAGGUGUAGUCAAAGAUGCAUGCGGUGAUCUUCAGAGUCAUCCUGAAUCUGCAGAUACCUCCUCUCCCAAUGCAAACUCAGGCUCAAGCAUGCUUCGCGGACUUCCCGUCCUUGCUGCAAUAGCUGUUGCGACAACUUCCUCUCCUACCUGGAAUGGCUCAAUCCACCGAGAAGAGCCCCGAGACCGUGGAGACCUCUGUCCCAAAGGCCAAGGCCAAGACUCGUGGUCGUGCAUCCACUCGCAUCCCCACUCCCGAGAAGUACGACAUGUCGAGGGCAGAAGGCCCGGAUGCGAGGGAUGGGAGGGCCCAAGGUUACCCCUGCUGGGGCAAUCAUGUCAGCAUGCCGGAGGGCCGGGGCAGUCUGAGCGGGCGCAACGCCCAUGGUAUGUGGAAAGUCUGCAGCAAGUGCAGGCUCAGGAUCCAAUAUGUGCCGGCAUAUGGUGCGACCGGAGCUCACCGACAAGCCGGACCUCUGGCACCAGACGCCUGGCACCAGACGCCGCCACGGCCUUGGAGCGUGUUGGAAAGACAAUCGAGAACGAUGUGAAGGCCAGGGAGAAUCUCAACUCCAAGAUGGCGAGCACCAUCGGUGCAGAGGAGUCACUGAAGAACAAGCUGAAGAAGCUGGAAGCAGAUCGCCUGAAGGCCACCUCCUCGGCCCCAGUCCGACCGAAGGCCUCGGCCGAUCAGACUCAGGUGGUGACCGAGACUUCCAAGAAAGCGGCCAAGAGGGAGAAUGCCACCACUGCGGAGGAGGCGGAGGCCAAACCCUCCGAGUGGAUAGAAGACUACAUCAAUGCCGCCAACGAAGUUAUGGAAGAGUUCUUUGGCAAGAGCAGCGAUGUGGAGUUGAUGGAAGUUUGUUGUCCGACGGACAGCAGACUGGUGGAGACCUUCUUGAACAAAGGCCGGAGUGCUAUUCGCAUUGGUCUUCCUGCCAUCGACCUCAGCAAAAGGAAAGGUCUUGAGGAGCUUUUGCGUAUGAUCGAGAAACACCGUCCUGCUGUCCUUUGGUUUUCACUUCCUUGUGGCCCAUACUCACCCAUUCAAGAGCUCUUCAACGAGAACACUCCUGAGAAACUACAGCAGAGCGAGCUGAGAAAGGCUAGGUCACGGAGACUUAUGGCCAAUGGUAUAACAGCUGCUCGACGUCAAGUGAGUCUUGGUGGAGAGAUUGGAUGGGAGUGGCCUCGAGACAAUCGAGGUUGGAAUGUGGCGACAGUGCGUGUGUUUUUCAAUGAGCUGCUUGCGAAGGGCAUGUGUCAUGAGGCAAAGCUGGAUGGUUGUGCCUAUGGUCUGAAGAAUAGCGAUGGUUUCUUUUUGCGAAAACCUUGGAAGGUGAAAACAACAUCGCCGACCCUGGCAGCUGCACUUCAGCGAGCAUGCCCUGGCAAUCAUGAACACAGAGAAUGUUUAGGCGGCAAAACAGCUAGAGAUUCAGGUUUUUAUCCACAAGCUCUGUGUGAUACAAUUCAGAAGACUGUGCGAGAAAUGGUGAACACUAAGGUGGAGAAUGUUUUCCCCGUUUUUGAUGCGCAGCCUUUGCAGAUGGAAAAGAAACCUGAAUUGCCUGAACCUUUGACUGUCAAUGAGAGAAAGGAAGCAGAGAAGUUGCUGAGCAAGCUUCAUCGAAGAACUGGACACCCAUCCAAUUCAGCUCUGGCUAGCACUCUUCGACACCGAGGAGCACACUAUGAGGUGCCCAAGGGUGAGAGCAGAAAUGCCACAGGACAUGAGGUUGUGAAAGGCCUGCAAGACACGUGGGUGCGACACUAUGGAUUGCCUGGAAUGGUGCGAAUGGAUCCCGAGGGAGCUUUUAGAUCUCAUGAGUUGGGCCAAUGGGGAGAAGAACGAGGUGUUCAAUUGCUGCCUUGCGCAGCAGAGGCGCAUGGGCAGAUAGGCCUGGUAGAACGAGCUAUUCAGACCAUCAAAAACACCACUCGCCAGUUGGUCCAAGGUCAAGAUGUUUCUCCUUGGGAUGCGAUUCAACAAGCCUGUCUUUCUCACAAUGAACUUGCUCGAGUGGAAGGUUUUUCUCCUUUUCAAUGGGCAUUUGGAAAGCAGCCUACCAGUCAAGGGCACAUGCAUGAUCGUGGACAUGAUCUUCCAUUUUUGACUUCAUCUGCGGUGGCCGGCAGUAGCAUGGCAGCCAAUCUUCGUCUUCGAGUGCAGGCGCAGCAAACCUUUUUGAGACAGCAAGCCAUGGAGCAAGUUUCCCGAGCCUUGAAUAUCAAAACGAGACGGGCUCAAACCUUUGUUCCUGGUGAUCUCAUUUUUUCCAAGAGAGUGAAGCCUCCUGCACAGCCUGCAGCUGCUGCGCGGAUGUCCCACAAAUUGUGGAGGUGGUAUGGUCCUGGGCGCGUCCUUGCAACAGAAACCAGAACAGAUGGAGUAGGCGAAGUGAGAAAACCUUCAAAUGUCAUAUGGAUAGUGAGUCAUGGCCGUUUGAAAAGAUGUUCUCCAGAGCAGUUGAGACAUGCUUCAGAACGUGAAAGAUUGCUGGCAGAGGGCAAUGAGUCGCCAGCAACGACAUGGACUUUUCACUCCAUUGCUCAAACUCUUUUCAAGGGAGAGUACGAGAUUUUGGAUCAGCAUGUUUUCCCUGAGGACUCUGAAGCAGUUGCAGCACCUCGAGCACCUCGCAGGGCUCGUUCUCUGAGCAGAUCUCGUGCUCGUUCCUUGAGCCGUUCAGUAGCCAGGAGAGUUGACCAGCCAAAGAUGGCAAGAACUGAAAAGACCCCUCAAAAUUUGCGAAACCCGAGUGACGGCGGUGGGGCACGCCAAGAGGUCACCGAGGAAAACAAGACCCUUCAAGAUUUGUAUGAUGAGACUUCUGGCGGUGGAAGAUACCUUGAUGAUCCCAUGUAUGCGCCCGCGCCUUCUGCAGUGACGAGAGAUCGUCCAACUUCUGAGCUUUUCCAGCAGCCGCUUUUCAAGAAGCAGCGCAUGGAUCUAUAUGGAAAUGAUGAUGGAGAUGAGUGGUUCAUUGGCCACACUACCUCUUCCGAGACUCAUACUCUGGGAAGUGAUCGGCUGGUGUGCACUUUUGACCUGGGUCUUCCAGAGCGUCAGUCGGAUUGGCGGAGACUGAGACGCUCACCUGAGGCCUACUAUGUGAAAAAGGUCAGAAACACAGAGAUCAAAUGGCAUCUCCUUUCUCCAGAAGAGAAGCUCGAAUUUGAAGAGGCGAAGCGUGCAGAAGUGAAGCAAUGGCUGACGGCACAAGCGGUGAAGCGAGUGCAGGGCUUCAUCCCCAAGAAGCGCAUCAUUUCAUUGCGCGGUGCAGCAAAAGGAAGAAUUGUUUUGAUCGGCUAUCAAGACCCCGACCUCUCAACUAUAGAAUCAUCAGCACCUACCAUGUCCAGAAGGACUAGACAAGUGGCAUUGCAGAUGUCCUCGGUGCGUCGAUGGAGGGUGUUGAAGGCAGACGUCAAAGCGGCCUUUUUGCAGGGCCAUGCAACAGAAGCUGAUCGACAACUCUAUGCCAUGCCAGUGAAGGAGCUGGCUCAGGCCAUGAAUCUCCAGGACAAUGAAGCAGUGCAGGUGAUUCGAUCAUGUUAUGGUCUAGUUACCGCGCCAGCGUCAUGGUUUUCCACCAUCCGUGCUACUCUGGCUGAGCUGAAUUUUCAUCAAUGCAAAACAGACCCUUGCAUGUGGACUUAUCACUCAAAAGUCGCAGGUAAAGGUGUGAUCGGCUAUAUCUGUGCUCAUGUUGAUGAUUUUCUGAUCAGUGGAUGCGAAGAAACGGAUGAGUGGGUUGCUGUUUUGGAGCAGUUUUAUGCCAAGUUCCGCUGGUCACCUUGGGAAUUUUCAACCUUCAGUCAUUGUGGAGUGAUGAUUCGUGAAGAAAGUGAUUUUUCUUUCAACCUGGACCAUUCAAGCUUUUGCGAGAGCAUUGAUCAGGUUGAAUUCCGGUCACGACCGGAUCAUGAACUGCUGACUGGUGAGGAGCUGACGCAGCUGCGUGGCGCGUUGGGUGCCCUCCAAUGGAGAGCGCAUCAGACCGCUCCACAUUUGAGCGCAAGGCUGGGACAGUUGCAAAGUGAAAUUUCCAAAGCCACGGUUGGCACAGCAAAAUCAACCAAUAGACUCAUCAGGGAAUGUUUUAAUAGUCGGCAUCUUUCCACUCGCAUUAAUCAGUUGCAUGUCGAAGAUCCCACCAAAGUAGUGUUUGUAGCUUGGUCCGACGCUGCCUUAGCCAAUCGGAUCGAUCUUGGAAGUACUGGUGGCUUUCUUGUCGCUGCGGCAAGCCCUGAAAUUUUGAAAGGGGAAAGAGCGCCUCUUUCGUUCAUGGCAUGGCGUUCCAGCAAAUUGCAACGAAAAGCACGUUCCUCACUUGCGGCAGAGGCUCAGGCGUUAGCCGAAGCCGAGCAGGAACUAAUGCUCACACGUCUUGCAUGGGCUGAACUGUGCGGCAUACCGGUUGAUUUAAAACGACCAGAGGAUGCCAUCUCUCAGAUUUCCGGCACAGUCGUAAUUGACGCAAAGUCGGUGUACGACAUCUUGAAGAAACGUACACUUAAUUCGGCAGCUUUUGGCUUGAAAGACAAACAUGUGAGUCUCGAAAUCAUGUGUCUGAUGGAGUCAAUUGAAAAGUUGAAGACUGAGACUCGGUGGGUGCACUCGGAUGCACAGUUGGCCGAUGCACUCACAAAGCCGCUGCCUCCUGGUGUUUUGCAUAAGGUCUUAGCUGAAGGAAAAUGGACACUUCAGUAUGACCCCAAUUUCACUAGUGCAAAGAAGUUGAAGGCCAAGAAAUCCGUGUUCGAUCAAGAUUUUAGGGGCGUGUCAGUUGUUGAACCUGUGCAGCUUCAGCCAAUUUGUGAUUGA